AGGGGGCAGGGCAGUAGGGCGGAGAGUAACCUUGCUCAAUGCUCACGUUAGACACCAUUUACUACCUGCCUCAUAUUAGGCGAAUUGUAUGAAAAACACUUGUCAUAGAAGAUUAAUCAGGAUGAAGAUUGAUAUUCAUAAUCACAUUUUACCCAAGGAAUGGCCCAAUCUGAAAGAGGUAGGUUAUGUGAUACCAUACUACUUUACAAAAUGCAUUGACAACUUAAAAAAAUAAAUAAUAAUUUCAAUAGAAAGGAUGUAAUCUAUCAGGCUACUUCUCAUACCCGGUACAUGGUGCAUCAUUAAUAGUCUACCUGACGUUGAAUAAUGUCAUUACGCACAUUCGCGCACAUUGCGGAAUACGCUCACCGCUUGGCACUGCACAGGCUGUGUUGGAUCUAGGAGUUGUAUCUUGUCUCAAUCAAUACAUCUGGUUAUCUAAUUGUGUUUUUUUUUACUGAGUCCUCACAUCUGACAAAAAAUGUGUUAUUAGUUUUAGAGCAAAAUCAUAAAGGCCAAUGACACCCACCACACAUUGCUAAAAAAUAAACAGAAACAACUUAUUUUAGCAUAAUAAACUCAAAUGAAUGAAGUAACAUGUUAUUUCUGUGUUUGUCAGAAUACGAAAGUCCUUGAUGAAGACUGUUCAUUUGAAACUAACAAGAAUAUCAUCGAGAACUGAAGAAAUUGUUGUAUAUUUUGUAUGCAGCCAGUGAGGAAAUCCUGUGAAAAGUUUUACAACCCCUAUUAAAUCUCUGCACUGACUUGUUAAACAUUACUAAAUGCUUGGCAGUGACCCAGUCCUUUAAAGAUUGUCUUUCUGUCAAUAGGCCUGACCUUAGCUAACGAUUGUUCAUUGGUGCGUCCCAAAUGGCACUAUGUUCUCUACAUUCACUACUUUUGGCGGCUUGUGGGAAUCAUGGUCAAAAUCAAAAGUAGUGCCCUAUAUAGGGAGUCAUUUGGAGUGAAACCCUUUUUUUUUUUUUUCCUGGGAGAAAUUGUCAUUUGUGGGGGUGAGAAGGCCACAGUGGGCAACAGGAGUGAGUCAGGACAGAGGCCCGGUCACCCUGAUAGUCAGCAUGACUCCAAUUGCAUCAUAUUGAUUUAGAGUUCAAGACCCAUGCCACUCCUACAUUAACAAACAACAGCAUUUUAGUCAUUUAUAUUUUAGUCCAAAUAUCCGAAACUUUGAACAUCCCACGGAGCACCAUUAAAUCCAUUAUAAAAAAAUUGAAAGAAUAUGGCACCACAACAAACCUGCCAAGAGAGGGCCGCCCACCAAAACUCAUGGACCAGGCAAGGAGGGCAUUUAUCAGAGAGGCAACAAAGAGACCAAAGAUAACCCUGAAGGAGCUACAAAGCUCCACAGCGGAGAUUGGAGUAUCUGUCCAUAGGACCACGUUAAGCUGUACACUCCACAGAGCUGAGCUUUACGGAAGAGUGGCCAGAAAAAAAGCCAUUGUUUAAAGACAAAAAUAAGCAAACACGUUUGGUGUUCGCCAAAAGGCAUGUGGGAGACUCCCCAAACAUAUGAAAGAAGGUACUCUGGUCAGAUGAGAUUAAAAUAGAGCUUUUUGGCCAUCAAGGAAAACACUAUGUCUGGCCCAACACCUCUCAUCACCCCGAGAACACCAUCCCCAUGAGCAUGGUGGUGGCAGCAUCAUGCUGUGGGGAUGUUUUUCGUCGGCAGGGACUGGGAAACUGGUCAGAAGUGAAGGAAUGAUGGAUGGCGCUAAAUACAGGGAAAUUCUUGAGGGAAACCUGUUUCAGUCUUCCAGAGAUCUGAGACUGGGACAGAGGUUCACCUUCCAGCAGGACAAUUACCCUAAGCAUACUGCUAAAGCAACACUUGAGUGGUUUAAGGGGAAACAUUUAAAUGUCUUGGAAUUGCCUAGUCAAAGCCCAGACCUCAAUCCAAUUGAGAAUCUGUGGUAUGACUUAAAGAUUGCUGUACACCAGCGGAACCCAUCCAACUUGAAGUAGCUGGAGCAGUUUUGCCUUGAAGAAUGGGCAAAAAUCCCAGUGGCUAGAUGUGCCAAGCUUAUAGAGACAUACCCCAAGAGACUUGCAGCUGUAAUUGCUGCAAAAGAUGGCUCUACAAAGUAUUGACUUUGGGGGGGUGAAUAGUUAUGCACGCUCAAGUUUUCUGUUUUUUUUUCUUAUUUCUUGUUUGUUUCACAAGAAAACACAUUUUGCAUCUUCAAAGUGGUAGGCAUGUUGUGUAAAUGAAAUUAUACAACCCCCCCCCAAAAAAAAAAUUCAAUUCCAGGUUGUAAGGCAACAAAAUAGGAAAAAUGCCAAGGGGGGUGAAUACUUUCGCAAGCCACUGUACAUACAGUGAAGGUAUCUUCAGUCUAAAUUGAGGAGGAUGUUGAUCCUAUGGGAUGGAUAUUAUUACUCAUUUUGGGCUGUUUCAGGGUUAAUCCGUAUGCAUAUCACUGGAGCGAAAUAGGAUGGUUUUGAUUGCGUUCCGAUCCUGCUCUUUCUCUCUCUGUUCCCAGUUGUGGUGAAAGUGGUUCGUAGGCUAUUUAUCCCAAAUAAAAUGACUUAUGACAUUGGCUGGUCCGUUUUUAUCUCUGCAGGCCUACUUUGCAUACGAGCAGAAUCCCAAGGUGCAUAAUGACAAGUAAUGAAAGUUGUAGCUUUCGAUACCUGGGUGCCAUGAGAUAUGACUUUGUGAAUGUAUUAAAAUAAUUUCAGGAAAUUCAAAAUGUCCUAUGCUUAGCAAAACACUUAAUGAUGCAUUAUCAUGAGGGCACUCUAAUGAAAGUUUUGUUUGUUUUUUAGAGAUAUGGAUAUGAUGGAUUUAUCCAGCUUCACCAUCACUGCAAGGUGAGUCUCAAGUUAGGUUAUUCAACAGUACAGUACAAUAUUUGAAUGUUAAAGCAUAUUUUUUCUGUCACCUUUCCAUAUACUUUUAAAAUAUGCAUAUUCUACAGUAUAAUGGAAAUGAAAUGUUUUACUUGAUGCAUAAUUUAUUACAGACUUCCGCAACAGAGUUCACGUUAUACAGCAUACAGCUUAUUUAGUCCAUGUAUCAAGCAUACAGCAAGCAUACAGCCUAUUUAGUCCAUGUAUCAAGCAUACAGCAAGCAUACAGCCUAUUUAGUCCAUGUAUCAAGCAUACAGCUUAUUUAGUCCAUGUAUCAAGCAUACAGCCUAUUUAGUCCAUGUAUCAAGCAUACAGCUUAUUUAGUCCAUGUAUCAAGCAUACAGCAAGCAUACAGCCUAUUUAGUCCAUGUAUCAAGCAUACAGCUUAUUUAGUCCAUGUAUCAAGCAUACAGCCUAUUUAGUCCAUGUAUCAAGCAUACAGCAUGCAUACAGCCUAUUUAGUCCAUGUAUCAAGCAUACAGCUUAUUUAGUCCAUGUAUCAAGCAUACAGCCUAUUUAGUCCAUGUAUCAAGCAUACAGCUUAUUUAGUCCAUGUAUCAAGCAUACAGCUUAUUUAGUCCAUGUAUCAAGCAUACAGUUUAUUUAGUCCAUGUAUCAGCAAGCUUUCCAAGUUUAAUCGACCUGUAGUGUACUUGCUAUUUGUAUAUGUGGUGUACAUUGUUUUCACUGCAUUGAGACAUGAUCUAACUCCUUGUUAUAAGAGCUUGCCUGCCCAUGCUCCAUGAGAUGUGAAAAUGCCACAUACAGCAGUUACCUUGACCUGCAAUGCUACUACACAGGCAGUGCUGGUCCUGGCCAUUCUGCUGCCCUAGGCCAGACAAAGAAAUUGGCGCCCCUACUAGAAUAGUCCCAGUAAGCAAAAUGACAUUGAAAAGACGUCUAAAAUAUGAAUUUUUCCAGACGUUGAAGUUAGGUUCAAUAUAGGUUCUGAAUGAAAGGUGAAAAGACGUAUUUUCCAGAUGUUGAAAUCAGGUUAAUUUUCGGUGCUGAAUUAAAGUUGAAAAUACGUCAUUUAUAGACGUCUAUGUUUGGGACAAAUCAAGGCUGGUCCAGACCGGACAAAAUCUGAACCAAACAUAGACGGCUAUGAUUGAUUCAGAUUUGGUCCGGAUCAGACCGAAAACCAACGUCCGUGGACGUGGAAAUCAAGGCCGUCCGGACUGCAAACAAAAAAAGAUGUCCAGAAUGCGUCAGCCCGUGCUUACUGAGGUAUAGCCUACAGCGUCGCCUGAAAUUGAAUUUUAGGAAUGCCCAUCUGUGGUAGGCCUACCAUCUAUAAAACACAAAUAAAAGACUGUCGGUCCAAAGACGUCCAAAAGACGUUGGCCCGUGCUUGCUGGGGUGUAGCCUACCAUGUUGGCCGGCAAUGGAAUUUUAUGAAUGCCCAUCCAUGUGGUAGGCCCACCGUUUGUAAAACAGACCGUUGCAUUGGCUUUACUAGUCCUGAUAACUGUGACUAAUCGAUUUGGCUAUUUAAGCUCUGAAUAUCAGCUACCCAACUUCAUCAGGAGCAGUUAUCCUGAGCCUAUUUGCAAUUUGCUUAUACAGCAGGAAAUGCAGAAGUAUUUUCUUUUUCGCUAUGGUCAGCUCGUAAAAAAUUGAAGGAUACAAACUUGAAACUCCAGGACAGCAGUUGAGUAGCCUGAUUGUCCAUUCCACAUUGUCCAUUUUACUUUGACCUGUCCUGUUUUUAGGAUAUGUUGUUUGUCAGCACAUUUUUUAUUUGAUUGGGCACCAUUUAGGUUAGGCUAUUUGAUCGGAGAAACCUGCAUGAUGUAAAAAGUUAAAGUUUCACCAGCCUGUAGGCUACAGAGAAGGCCACAUACUCUUUCUACCAGAUGCUAUAUCUGCUACAUGAUUUAUGUUAGAAGAUUUUUUUGACUGAAUGUUAUUAGAGCGCUGCAGCGAUACCUCUCUCUAAAAGCACCCUGGAGAGGCGCGCUGAGAAUGGACAAGAUAAAUAUUUUGCAUCCCUGCCUUUGACAAAGUGGGCAGUGCUUAUCACAGGGCGGCAUCAACGCUCACCUAAAACCCCCAUAUGCCACUGGCUGAGAGAAAUUGUCAUUGUUUGGGGCAGAAUUGUUUGAGGUUUUAUGUGUCUUGCCACCCUCAUCAAUCUGAGGCCGUAGGUGGCCGCUUAAUCCUGCCUAAUGAGCGGGCCGGCCCUGUACUCAGGCUCUCCUGGGCUCUCUCCAAGAUCUCAUUCACACAAAGCUAGUCUAGUGUUGCCAUACCUCCAAAAUCACAUCGUUGUCAAGCCUCGAAGCCUGGCUCUCGACAAGCAAACACAAAGCCAACCCUCCCUCUUGGCGCCACCUAUGGGUAGUGAGCGGGCAGCACAGGAAGAGUUCCUACAGACACUGGCACCCAUUGGGUCCAGCAACACACCUGUGUGUGACUAUGGCUGUGUUUACUCAUGCAUCCCAAUUCAGAUAUUUUUACACUAAUUGGUCCAAAUGACCAAUCACAUCAGAUCUUUUCACAUCAGAUCUUUUUCAGAGCUGAUCUGAUUGAUCAAAUGAUCAAUUAGGGGAAAAAAUAUCAGAACUGGGCUGCCUGUAAACGCAGCUUAUAUGUAUGUGUGCUUACAUGUACUUUCUUACGUGUGUGUGUGUGUGUGUGUGUGUGUGUGUGUCAGGGUCGGGGCACAGCAGGGUCUGCCUGGGCUUGCUGUGGGAGCAUCUAUAGAACACAGCAUGUUGUAGUAGGUACUGUCUCAGCAGAACAGGCCACAUCGGGCCGGGACAGAAUACAGUGGACCUAGACAGCUGCUUAGGAAACCAAAAAAGUAUUGGCAUCAGCCACUGUACGCAAUGCAGGCACAUAUGCUUGCUCACACGCAAUGCACAUGCACACAUACACCUCUGACACCUGAAUGUAAAGUAACAGCCAAUGAGACAUUUUCAACUCCCUCUCUAGUUCCCAGAUGUUUCUCUUUGCUGCCACCAGGUGGCUGAUUACACAUAGGUCAUACGCAUUUCAAUUCCACAUCCGUUUGAGUGAUUUGCUUCUUAUUAUGACAUAGAAGUGUUCUUGCUCAUCAAACAGAAACUGUAGGCAUGAAGCAAUGAAGACAAUGGAAGGCAUAGAAACCAAAAUAAGGAAAUAUCAGGUGUCCUUCACUCUCUGGAGUUUUGUGCCAAUCCAUAUUUUAGGGGGAAGCAAAAAUGAUGAAAGACGGGAAGUUGUUCCGUGUGAUCCAGGAGAACUGUUGGGAUGCAGACGCAAGGAUUCGGGACAUGGAUGCACACGGUAUAGACACACAUAUCCAAUAUCAUCCUCUCGUCAAAAUCCUCUUGACACCAUAUUUUGAAGCCGACCGAGUGAUUCAUGUUGCCUGUAAAGUAAGUCUGUAUUGGAAUGUUGUGGGUUUUGAUGAUGAUGAUGAUGACGUUCUACUUUAGGCGUGACGGUCCAAGCCUUGUCCACAGUGCCUGUCAUGUUCAACUACUGGGUAAGUCUGUCUGCAAGGGGCGAAAAUAAACUGCAGAUUUUAGUUAAAGGUGCUUCACAUAGGAUAUUCUUUAAUUUUUGCAUUGUAAUUUCAGAAAAUGUCCAUAAUAUAUCUGGCGCUAAUUGUGGAAUGAUAGUGUUUCACAGUAUUAUGCCAUGUUCACAACAACUGUGAUCUCGGAACUGGGAACUCGGAAAUCCCCGACUUCUGACCUCAGUGCAUUCAAAACAACUGGGAAAAAUCUUUUUGAACGGUCAUCCAACUCGGAAUUCCAACUCGGGAACUCGGGCCUCUUUCUAGAGCUCCGACUUUCUGACCUGAAGAUCACUGACAUCAUGAUUUGACCUCCUAUUUUUUUGAGUUCCCAGUUGUUUUGAACGGCAUUACUUACCCGCCAGUGUUGUGAUUGGCUGUGAUAUUAACCUAUUGAUUUCUCCCGCAAGAGCGGCAUCUGUUGUCAAACUGGGAAAGCUGUUCUGGCUUUGUGGCUGUGAUAUCUAGUGGACAUCACUCAUUCCCUGGUUGCUACAAUUCUACACUGUUCGCUCAAUUUCAGUUUAUGUGAGAAAACAAGCACUGAAUAUUGUAGGGAAUCAUUGUACCAAAAAAUAUAGUUUUCUCAGCUGUUUGAAGCUGGUGGACCAAAAAGGCUUUUUGAAGCUUUCGGUUUUGGUCCACCAGCUUCAAACAGCUGUAAAAACUAUAUUUUUUGUUAUUUAAAGAUAUUUCACCACGAUUUAGAUGGUACAAUGAUUCUCUACACUAUUCAGUGCUUGUUUUCUCACCAACCUGGUCUCAGAGCAUUUAGUAUUAUUCUGUACGUAAAUCCGGGACACUCCAUUAGUAUGAUAUGUUACGUUUGGUAUGGUUACAUAGGUUGGGGUGGACGGGUGGGCGUAUAAUGCGAACGUUAGCAACCCAAAGGUUAUGAGGUCAAAUAUCAUCAUGGACAACUUUAGCAUUUGAGCUAAUUAGAAACUUUUGAACUACUUACUACUUUUUAGCUACAUUGCAACUACGUAGCAUGUUAGCUAACCCUUCCCCUAACCCUAACUUUAACCCUUUAACUAACCCUUCACCUAGCCCUAACCUUAACCCUUUUAGCUAACUCUUCCCCUAAUGCUAAACUUAACCAUUUAACCUAACUCCUAAACUUAACCCUAACCUUAACCCUAACCCCUAGCCUAGCUAACGUUAGCGAGCUAUCUAACGUUAGCCACCUAGCUAGAAUUUGUAACAUAUCAUACGUUUUGCAAAUUCGUAACAUAUUGUAUGUUUUGCAAAUUCGUAACAUAUUGUACAUUUUGCAACUUCGUAACAUAUUGUACAUUUUGAAAGAUUUUAACAUAUAAUACGAAUUGUAAUUCGUAACUUAUCAUACGAAAUGGGUGAUGGACAUCCACAAAUUAAUACAUACCAUACGAAACCUAACAUAUUAUACUAAUUGGAUCAUCUCGGAUUUACAUACAGAAUAAUACGAAAUGCUCUGAGACCAGGUUGCAACCACACACUAAAAUUGAAUGAACAGUGUAGAAUUUUAGUAACCAGGAAACAACAGUGCGAUUUCCACUAGACAACACAGCCACAAAGUCAGAACCGCUUUCACAUAUUGACAACAGAUGCUGCGCUGGCGAGAGAAAUCAACAGGCGAAUAUCACAGCCAAUCAUAAACACUGACAGGUAAGUAAUACUGUGAAACACUAUCAUUCCACUAUUAGCGGCAGAUAUAUUAUGAUUUUUACAUUUCUUAUUACAAUGCAAAAGUUCAAAAAAAUUCCUCUGUGUUGCACCUUUAAAAUGUUGCCUCAGUGUGUGUCAACUCCUAUCCCAGCUGACUUUUACUCGCUGACAAUUCCCUCAUGUUUGUUUUUACAUCACUUCUCCUUUUUCUAAGACUUUGAUGUGCUUACUUCACUGUAAAUAUAGCUGCCAAUACAUUACUAAGGCUUUGGUUGUGUUGGGUUCACUUCCCUGUUGUGACAGGCCAAACCCCAUGACACCCUGGACCUGUGUGAGAUCCUGAAUGACGACCUGGCUAAGACAGUGGCGCUCCACCCCCGGCGCUUCGUGGGGCUGGGUACCCUGCCCAUGCAGGCUCCUGACCUGGCUGUGCUGGAGAUGAAGCGCUGUGUGAGGGAGCUGGGCUUCCCUGGGGUCCAGAUCGGCUCCCACAUUAACACCUGGGAACUCAACGCCCCUGAACUCUACCCAAUCUAUGCUGUAAGAGCCAUAUAAGUGAAUUGAUUUAUUUAUAUGGACAGCCAUCUUCCUAGUGAUAGCAGCUAUAGUGUUACAAAACUAGUUAGAAACCCUACUGAAAAUCAUACUCUGGCUCUGUCUAGACUAAACCUAAGCUAGGCCACUACUAUCUGAUCCACAACCUAUGGACUACAGAGACAUUUGAUGUUCGAGUAUCAAUUCAUCAUGACUGUGUAAUGAUGUAGAUUAUGAAAAGUGAGUGAUGUUCCCUCUUUUCUAUAGGCUGCUGAGGAACUGAACUGUUCCUUGUUUGUACACCCAUGGGACAUGCAGAUCGAUGGGAGGAUGGCCAAGUACUGGCUACCCUGGUUAGUGGGUGAGUGAGAUGGUAAAGACUCAGCUCUGUUCUGAUCAAUCAAAUGCUUGUGUCUCAGCUUGCCUGGAUGACGUUAUCACAAAUGAGUAAACAUUCUUUUUUUUUGUACAGGUAUGCCAUCAGAGACUACCAUGGCCAUUUGCUCGAUGAUCUUCGGAGGUGUCUUUGAGAGAUUUCCCAAGUUGAAGGUCUGCUUUGCUCAUGGAGGUAAUUCACAAUAAAGAGGAACAAAUAAUGAGAUUCAGUAAACAGUAGAAGUGUGAGCUAGGAGAAUCCAAAAAUCACCAUUCCAAGAUUGACUUGUGAAGCAACGUUUUUUCCCUAGGGGGUUCUUUCCCAUUCACUAUUGGCCGAAUUGAACAUGGGUUCCAGGUCCGACCUGACCUCUGUGCUGUGGAUAACAAGGCCAACCCACGGAAAUACCUGGGCUCCUUCUACACUGACUCCUUAGUGCAUGACCCCAUCGCCCUCAAGCUACUUAUUGAUGUGAUCGGAAAGGUAUGCAGUAGUGUCUAAUUUCUAAAUGGCAACUGAUGUAGAAAAAUUAUAGUUCUCAUUAGUAAGUAGUUUAAAAGGCUUGAAGGUUUGAUGUUUGUAGAGUUUACACAAGUGUUUAUUACUGUCUCAGUUCAUCAUAUUUUUCUCCCAUAGGAUAAGGUGAUGUUAGGAACAGACUAUCCAUUCCCACUGGGUGAGCUGCAGCCAGGAGCAUUAAUAGAGUCCAUGAAGGAGUUUGAUGGUGGUUUAAAGGUAAGGUAACCCACCGAAUGUGCUUUCUUUCCCUUGCAAAAAGUGUCUGUAAUAAAAAAAUAAGAGCAGGACGUGAUGGUUUAUGAAUUUUUAUUUGUGUUUGCUUUUCCUUUUCAGGACAAACUGCUUGCAGGCAAUGCACUGAACUUUUUGGGGAUUAAAAGAGAACAAUUUCAAUGAUUUAUAGCAUGAAGAUAUUGUCAAAAUAAAAAGGGGAAACAAUGUUUGACUUUCAAAUUAUUGGCAGGACCGUAAUACAGAUACAACCUAAUGCGUGACCAAAAUGUAAAUAUUUAAUUUAUCUAUUUAGCUCAUUUAUAAUGAUUUUUGUUUACACUGUUGGAAGUCAUCUGUGGUCAACACUCUUUUUGCUGUUUAUGACUAAAUAAAAUGGAAUGUUCAUUUCAAAUGAGAGCAAUAUUUACUCAAAGGAAAUAGAAACUAUAAAAGGUUCAGAAAAAGUGUAUGCUUGCUUCAGUUUAUAGCCUACACUCUAAAAAUGAGGGGUUCAACAAGGGUUCUUCUAAGAUCCUCAAA